UCGCUGGUGCGGCCGCGCGGGCGGGGCCGGAAGUGCGGGCUGGGGGCGGCGGCGUGUGCAGAGGACUCCCGAAGUGCUGCGGCCUGAGUUGCGUCGGCUGCUAUGAAGCGGGACGUCCGCAUCCUGCUGCUGGGCGAGGCCCAGGUGGGGAAGACGUCUCUCAUCUUGUCGCUGGUGGGCGAGGAGUUCCCCGAAGAGGUCCCGCCCCGGGCGGAAGAGAUCACCAUUCCCGCGGACGUCACCCCGGAGAAGGUGCCCACGCACAUCGUGGAUUCCUCAGAAGCUGAGCAGACCGUGGAGGAGCUCCAGGACGAGAUUAACAAGGCAAACGUGGUAUGUGUGGUGUACGACGUGUCCGAGGAGGCCACCAUUGAGAAGAUCCGCACCAAAUGGAUCCCCCUGGUGAAUGGAGGGACAGAGGAGGGGCCCAGGGUCCCCAUCAUCCUGGUGGGCAACAAGUCGGACUUGCGGCCAGGGAGCUCCAUGGAGGCUGUGCUGCCCAUCAUGAGCCAGUUCCCUGAGAUUGAGACCUGUGUGGAGUGCUCGGCCAAGAACCUGAGGAACAUCUCAGAGCUGUUCUACUACGCCCAGAAGGCCGUGCUGCACCCCACCGCUCCGCUCUAUGACCCUGAGGCCAAGCAGCUGAAGCCUGCGUGCACCCAGGCCCUCACACGCAUCUUCAGGCUCUCGGACCAGGACCUGGACCAGGCGCUCAGCGACGAGGAGCUCAAUGCUUUCCAGAAAUCCUGUUUCGGGCAUCCCCUGGCCCCACAAGCCCUGGAGGACGUGAAGAUGGUGGUGCGCAAGAACGUGGCAGGAGGGGUGCGGGAUGACCGGCUGACCCUGGACGGCUUCCUCUUCCUGAACACGCUCUUCAUCCAGCGCGGCCGCCAUGAGACCACGUGGACCAUCCUGCGGCGCUUCGGCUAUGGCGACACGCUGGAGCUGACCACCGACUACCUCUUCCCUCCGCUUCACGUGCCCCCUGGCUGCAGCACGGAGCUCAACCACUUUGGCUACCAGUUUGUGCAGAGGGUGUUUGAGAAGCAUGACCAGGACCGUGAUGGAGCCCUCUCGCUGGCACAGCUGCAGGACCUGUUCAGCGUGUCCCCAGCACCCCCUUGGGGCCCUCAGUUCCUGCAAGAAGUCCAAACUGAAGCGGGUCGGCUGCCGCUGCAUGGGUACCUCUGCCAGUGGACGCUGGUGACUUACCUGGAUGUCCGGCGCUGCCUGGAGCACCUCGGCUACCUGGGCUACCCCACCCUCUGCAAUCAGGACUCCCAGACUCAUGCCAUCACAGUCACCCGUGAGAAGAGGCUGGACCAGGAGAAGGGACAAACGCACAGGAAUGUCCUUCUGUGCAAAGUGGUGGGAGCGCAUGGCGUGGGCAAGUCUGCCUUCCUGCAGGCCUUCCUUGGCCGAGGCCUAGGGGACACCAGGGAGUUCCACCAGAUAUCUGCCAUCUAUGCCAUCAACACGGUGCAGGUCAACGGGCAGGAAAAGUACCUGAUACGCCAUUACAUGGAUGGGCAGACCCCCUGCCUCUUCGUCUCCUCCAAGGCCGACCUGCCUGAAGGUGUUGCGCUGCCCGGGCUGUCUCCAGCCGAGUUCUGCCGCAGGCACCGGCUGCCCGCCCCUGCCCCGUUCUCCUGCGCUGGCCCAGGAGAGCCAAGCACAGCUGUCUUCACCCGGCUUGCCACCAUGGCCACCUUCCCGUGGGUACCUGGCCCACGGGGAGCUGCAUACCACCUCCUUCUGGCUCCGGGUGACCCUGGGGGCUUUUGGGGCUGCUGUUGCUGCCAUCCUCAGCUUCUCGCUCUACAGAGUCCUGGUGAAGAGCCGAUGAGGCCCUGGUGCCCGCAGUCUGAUCUCAGGGCCUCAGGGUGCUGUUGUUGGGCCACCCACUUGGUGGAGCUCCCUUCUGUCUACACUUUGCUUCUGGGGACAGCCUACUCACUGCCCAGCCCCAAAGGUGGGCCCCAGGUCCUGCCAGCCUGUGCCUGCCCAGCACCACCUGCCUGUGUGGGCAUCGCGUUGGAGAGACAGGGGGUAUAGGUGAGAAGCCAGUGGUCCUAGAUCUGAAUCCUCGGGGCUCCACCCACUCCUGGUCCCAGGUAGCCAGGGGUACGAGGCAGGAAGUGCUCCUCCCCGCUCCAUCGAUGGGGAACUGGCCCAGGGCUGCACCCCUCGUGGAAGGUGUGAGGGUUGGGUUUCCUGAUUAAACUUCGGUGUCUUUUCCAUCUU